AAGAACAGAGUGCGUUUUGUUCUUUUUUUCUCUACUCAGUUUUUCCCGAGUGUCUCUCCUUCCCAAAUCUCAUUCUCUCUCUCGUCUCUCUCGCCAGAGAGAUUCGCACUUAUUUAUAUACACAAUUACAGUGCUUUGUAUUUAUAUCGAGCUAUUGAGAUUCAAUUGAUUAGCGAAGACUAUGACUAUGCUAACUCAACAACCGUUAGAUCAAGAAGAUGAUGAGAUGCUGGUGCCACAUCAGGAGCUGGUUGAAGGCCCGCAGCCCGUUGAAGGUCCUCUUCUGGUUGAAGGGCCUCAGCCUAUGGAUGUUGUAGCACAAACUGAGAGCACAAAUGCUGUGGACAAUCAAGCUGCUGAUGAGCCACAGGCGUCUAGGUUCACGUGGACGAUUGAGAACUUCUCCAGACUUAACACUAAGAAGCAGUAUUCUGAUGUUUUUGUAGUUGGUGGUUUUAAAUGGCGUGUACUUAUAUUUCCUAAGGGUAACAAUGUGGACCACCUGUCUAUGUACCUAGAUGUUGCAGAUUCGUCAACAUUGCCAUAUGGGUGGAGUAGAUAUGCACAGUUUAGUUUGGCUGUAGUUAAUCAGAUUCAACCGAAGUACACGCUAAAGAAAGAUACUCAGCACCAAUUUCAUGCAAGGGAAAGUGAUUGGGGCUUCACAUCUUUUAUGUCACUUAGUGAGCUCUAUGAUCCAAAUAAAGGCUUCCUUGUAAAUGAUACAUGCAUUAUUGAAGCUGAUGUUGCUGUACGGAAGGUCGUUGACUACUGGACAUAUGAUUCAAAGAAAGAGACUGGUUAUGUUGGACUUAAAAACCAAGGAGCAACCUGUUACAUGAAUUCCCUCCUCCAGACUUUGUACCAUAUUCCUUAUUUCAGGAAGGCUGUUUAUCAUAUGCCAACAACAGAGAACGACAUGCCAUCAGGAAGCAUUCCUCUUGCUCUACAGAGUUUGUUCUACAAGCUUCAAUAUAAUGAUACCAGUGUUGCAACCAAAGAACUGACCAAGUCUUUCGGGUGGGACACGUACGAUUCAUUCAUGCAGCAUGAUGUUCAAGAACUUAACAGAGUGUUAAGUGAAAAGCUUGAAGACAAGAUGAAGGGAACGGUUGUGGAAGGGACAAUACAGAAACUAUUUGAAGGUCACCAUAUGAAUUAUAUUGAAUGCAUCAAUGUGGACUUUAAAUCUACGAGAAAAGAAUCAUUCUAUGAUCUGCAACUUGAUGUUAAAGGCUGUCGGGAUGUCUAUGCUUCCUUCGACAAGUAUGUUGAGGUUGAGCGUCUUGAGGGUGAUAACAAGUAUCAUGCUGAAGAACAUGGCUUACAGGAUGCCAAGAAGGGUGUCUUAUUUAUAGAUUUCCCCCCUGUCUUACAACUUCAGUUGAAGCGUUUUGAAUAUGAUUUCAUGCGGGACACCAUGGUAAAGAUAAAUGACCGCUAUGAAUUUCCUUUAGAGCUUGAUCUUGACAGGGAUGAUGGAAAAUAUCUGUCCCCGGACGCGGAUAGAAGUGUCCGCAAUCUUUACACUCUUCAUAGUGUUUUGGUUCAUAGUGGUGGAGUGCACGGAGGACAUUAUUAUGCAUUUAUUAGACCGACUCUCUCUGAUCAAUGGUUUAAAUUUGAUGAUGAAAGGGUUACAAAGGAAGAUAUGAAGAGAGCGUUGGAAGAGCAAUAUGGCGGUGAGGAAGAGCUGCCCCAGACCAAUCCCGGUUUCAAUAAUGCCCCAUUUAAGUUUACAAAAUACUCCAAUGCAUAUAUGCUUGUGUAUAUACGUGAAAGUGACAAGGAGAAAAUAAUUUGUGAUGUUGACGAGAAAGACAUUGCAGAGCACCUUAGGAUAAGGCUGAAGAAAGAACAAGAGGAGAAGGAAGACAAAAGGAGAUAUAAAGCACAAGCACACCUUUAUACCAUAAUCAAGGUUGCCCGUGAUGAGGACCUGAUGGAACAGAUCGGAAAGGAUAUCUAUUUUGAUCUUGUAGAUCAUGAUAAAGUGCGGAGUUUUCGCAUUCAAAAGAAUCUCUCAUUUGCCUCUGUCAAGGAGGAGGUUGCCAAAGAAUUUGGUAUACCUGUUCAGUUCCAACGAUUCUGGAUCUGGGCUAAGAGGCAAAACCAUACAUACCGUCCCAAUCGACCAUUGACUCCACAGGAAGAAGCACAAACGGUUGGUCAACUAAGGGAGGUUUCUAACAAGAACCACACUGCUGAAUUGAAAUUGUUUCUGGAAAUUGAGACUGGGCAGGAUCGACUGCCUAUAUCACCACCAGACAAGAGUAAAGAGGAUAUACUUCUUUUCUUUAAGCUUUAUGAUCCUAAGAAAGAAGAGCUUCGAUAUGUUGGUAGGCUUUUUGUUAAGAGUACAGGAAAGCCAAUUGAGAUCUUGACAAAACUGAAUCAAAUGGCUGGCUUUGAUGCUGAUGAGGAAAUUGAAUUGUUUGAGGAGGUUAAAUUUGAGCCAUGUGUGAUGUGUGAACGACUUGAUAAGAGAGCUUCAUUUCGAUUGAGCCAGAUCGAAGACGGGGACAUAAUUUGCUUCCAGAAAUGCCCUCAGCCUCAAAACGAAGAGGAGUAUAGAUAUCCAGAUGUUCCUUCAUUUUUGGAAUAUGUUAAAAAUCGUCAGAUUGUACAUUUUCGAUCUCUGGAGAGGCCCAAGGAGGAUGAUUUCUGUUUAGAAUUGUCUAAAUCGCAUACCUAUGAUGAUGUCGUCGAAAGAGUGGCUCGGAGGCUAGGACUGGAAGAUCCUUCCAAGAUCAGACUUACUCCUCAUAACUGCUAUUCUCAGCAACCUAAACCCCAUCCAAUUAAGUAUAGAGUAGCAGAACAUCUUUUAGACAUGCUGGUGCACUAUAAUCAGAUCUCUGAUAUUCUGUACUAUGAAGUUCUUGAUAUCCCUCUGCCAGAAUUGCAGUGUCUUAAAACCCUGAAGGUUGCUUUCCACCAUGCAAGCAAGGAUGAGGUGGUUAUCCAUAACAUCCGUCUGCCCAAACAAAGCACCGUAGGUGAUGUGCUUAAUGAAAUUAAAACAAAGGUGGAGUUAUCUCAUGCAAAUGCGGAACUUAGGCUUCUUGAAGUGUUCUAUCACAAGAUUUACAAGAUUUUUCCUUUGAAUGAAAAAAUUGAGAAUAUAAAUGACCAAUAUUGGACAUUGAGAGCAGAGGAGAUACCAGAAGAAGAAAAGAACCUUGGUCCUCUUGAUCGCCUGAUACAUGUUUACCACUUCAGAAAAGAGACUGCGCAGAAUCAAAUGCAAGUACAAAAUUUUGGGGAGCCGUUUUUCUUGGUCAUUCAUGAUGGUGAAACUUUGGCAGAAGUUAAAAUGCGUAUACAAAAGAAAUUGCAGGUUCCAGAUGAGGAGUUUUCAAAGUGGAAAUUCGCAUUUUUGUCAUUGGGAAGGCCAGAGUAUUUGCUGGACACAGAUGUUGUAUCUAGCCGUUUCCAGAGAAGGGAUGUUUAUGGAGCUUGGGAGCAAUAUCUUGGGUUGGAGCACUCUGAUACUACUCCUAAAAGGGCUUUUGCCGCGAAUCAGAACCGGCACACUUAUGAGAAGCCUGUCAAAAUAUACAACUAGAUCUUCAACCAACAACAGUGCUUGGUAGAAUUUCUAUCCUCUUGGAUCAUAUCAACAGUUUAGAGAAAAAGAUAGGAGGAUAAAGCAACAAGAUACUUUAGCAGGACGUUCUCUUUUCCAGAUUUUUCUUCUCGUUUUCCCUUUUCCAGCUAGAUUGUGUAGUUAUCUUUUUUAUGCUUUGUAGGCUAUGAUUUUUUAUUAUUUUUAUUUUGACUUGGGCGGGAAAGUAGGAGGGUUCCCCUCAUAUCGAUCCUGCUUUUUCAUUAGCCCGCUUAGGCUUAUCGACUCCUUGACUUUCUGGUCCUAUAUCAAGGCACUGAGUUUCCUGGAGAGGUUUGGGCCCUCAGUAUCCAGUUCCUGUUGUAGUUUAGCCAGGUACAUAGAAAGAUUUUGGUUGAAUGGAGUGUAAUCUGGGUAUAGGUGGUGCCUUUUCGUCAGGCCCUCUGUCAUCUGUUAAGAGGGAGGUUUUGUACAACGAUUGGCCAUUGGCUGGAUUGGAAGUAGAUAUGUUAUGAUUGUGUAAAGGUACAAGGAUUCUGUUCAGAAGUCAAUUAAGUCUUUAUCUUAUGGUUCUAUCUUUAUUAUAUUGUUUUGUAAAACAUGAAAUUUUUAAUAAGCUGCUUGUAUAAAACCUGAAUGAAACGUUACAUUUCUUUGUA